GGAGAUAUAAAAGUUGGAUUUUGCUAUAAUUGUAUUCAGUCAUUUUCAAGCAAACAGUGGAGGUAGACGCAAAAUGGAAUCAAGUGGUAUUAUUCCGGAAAUUAUUGACCACAAGCCUAAAGGUUUACUGCAGGUUACUUAUCCAAGUGGUGUUACAGUAGAACUUGGUAAAGAACUGACACCCACGCAGGUGAAGGAUCAACCCACACUCAAUUGGGAGGCGGAAGAUGAUGCUCUGUAUACUUUGUUUAUGGUAGACCCCGAUGCACCCUCACGUGCUGAGCCAACUAGUCGGGAAAUUUUACACUGGUUGGUUAUUAAUAUUCCAGGCAAUAAAGUAGCGGAAGGUCAAACUGUUGCCGAAUAUAUUGGCUCUGGUCCACCAGAGGGUACUGGCUUACACCGUUAUGUUACAUUUGUCUUCAAACAGCCUGGAAAGAUUGAGAGUGAAAAAUUCAUAUCAAAAACGUCUCGUGAAGGUCGUGUAAAGGUGAAGGCAAAAGAUUUCAUUGCAAAAUAUAAUUUGGGUGACCCGGUCGCUGGAAACUUUUACCAAGCGCAAUACGAUGAUUAUGUGCCGGUAUUAAGAGCACAAAUUGUUGACUAAUUGCAGAAACAAAAAAGUGUAUGACAUAUUUUGUUUAUUUUAUUUAACUAAAUGCUCAUGCAUACUA